UGAUUGGGUUUUAUCAUCUAUAAGCUUCCUGCAUAUAAUUAAAGAGUUGAAAAGUCGUUGAAUUCUAAAGUUUCGUUAUAAGUUGAAAAUGAAGCCUUCUGCAUUUUUCUUACACAUCAUAUCACCCGAAGUGAGUCACCUUUAAUUCGAGUUCAGAAAAAGGAAGAAAAUAAUGCCAUCAUUUCAUAAAUCAUAUCCUACUAAUACACGCAAUACAUCGUUAAAAAAUGAACUCAAUCGCAUAUUGUACUAUUAUCCUAACGCUGAUUGAAACCUCCUCCUGUGUAUUUAAUCCUUACAAUGAAACCUUCAUCACUCGAAAGGAUUUUUUGGACAGGAGUGACUUAGUGGAAAAAUUCUUGAACUUUAAUCCCCCCUCUAAUCGCGUCGCUUAUUUUACCGCUCCUCAUAAUUUCGGCAAAACGAUGAUAUUGCGAAUGAUUCAAAAAUUCUGCGAAAUCGAAACGGAUUCUAUGCAUUACCAAUUCAAUUGGACUGACACCGAAGCCUACUGGAUUUUCAAGGAUUUGAAAAUCGGUCAACAGAACUGGACUUUCGAGCAUUUAGCCAGGUAUCCUGUAAUCUAUAUAAAUUUCUCUCACCCUUUUGAAAAUAUUUUCAUGAAUAAUGUUCAAGAAAAUGUGCUAUUUUAUAUGAAUCGAAUCGUAGGAUCACUUUACGACGAUUUCAAAUGGUUGAGAAUAUAUUGCAUGCAUAUCACGAAUAAGAAUUUAAGAUUCAGAGAACACGAGAUCGAGUUCAUCGAAAUGUCCAAUAAAAGGAGAUUAACCAGAAUGGAUAUCAUAGCUAGUAUAGAUUUUUUGGCUUCCAUGUUGUAUAAAUAUUACAACCGUAGCCGAGUUAUAAUAUUAAUCGACGAAUUAGAUAAACCUUUACAAGAAGCUUUGGCGUCAUCGGAAAACCUCAGCGAAGAAAUGAGAGUCCUAUACGAAUUAAUAACAGACGUGUUAAUGCAGAUUACUCAGCCUGAAAAUUCGUACAUAUACAAGAUCCUGAUAACCGGAGUAAGCAAUGUUAUGUUUAGCUCAUCUGUUAAAAAUAUGAGUCGAGUUGAUACCUACCCAUUUUUGGAGGAUCAUUACUUUAAUUUAUUUAGCGGAUUUUCCGAGUCCAAUUUGAACGAAUUGUUUGAUUGGUACAAGUACAACGAUAGUGAGAAAACGAGAGUUAGAAAUUAUUACAAACCUUAUUCGACUAAAGAGAAUCGUAUACCUAUUUACAACUCAUACUCCAUAAUGAGACAUUUUGGUGUCAAAGAGAGGACCGAUACAUCUCAAAUCAUACCCUAUUGGCAGCUCGGCAAUCAAGCCAUGUUCGUGUACAAAUUCCUCAAUUCUUACGAAUUUCUCGAAAUAUUUUCUCAGCUCUCUUUCAACAAAACGAUUCGAGUGGUUUUACCUGAUGUAAACGAUCCGGUGACUUUUGAAUUUUUAAUCAUGGGAAUCGAGAGUCAUUUCGACACAGAAGAGUUCCCUUUCACGGAAAUAUUGAUAAAUUAUUGCUUGGAGCAAGGAUACCUUACUUACACCGAUGAUAAAAAUAUUCUAGCGGUACCAAGUCCUGAAAUCAAAGAGGUUUUUGAAAGCAACCUGAUCACCUACUUUAACCAAAGUGGAAUUAACUUGACUGAAAUUGGUCAAUGUUUUUACAUGAUUUUGAACAGCACAACGGAAUCCAGUCAGCGUUUGGAGAGAAAAUUUCAAACAGUUUUGACGAAGCAGUUCGCCAAAGUGAAAAAGUCAGGCAGUGGGAAUUUCACUCAAGAGUAUACGUUUCUUUCGAUUAUAAAUUUAGCUGCGAAAAUUCUUGGGGUGUGUGGUGAAUUUUUUGAGUACUCGGCAGAUCAUUUGCAAGAGCCUGUUAUGAUUUAUGAAUUUGCUGAAUCGUCGGUCGUUGUCCACUUGAGGGAUCAGAAAAGAAAUUUUUCGAUCGAGGCUCUCGAACAAUCUGUCCAACAAGUUCUUGAAAGGACUGAUGUGAGACGAGCAAAAUCCAUAGGUAUUAAUGUUGAUAAAGAUAGAUUGGUGGAUUUGCAAAUCAAAGUGAAAAACUUGGAAGAAACUUAAAAAAAACAAUUUGUGGUAUCAGUAUUCUUGAUUGAAAAUAAACAAUAAUCUAAUUAAAAUAUUAACUGCUCAUAAUCAUGUAUUGAAUUUAUAUUAGGUAGAUACCUACAUAUUACCACCUAUAUAGUCAGGGGGCCCACAUAAGGAUCUUCUGCACCUCCCCCCACUGAUCCUCCGGGACAACUUUUUUCUUAAAGGGGGAGUCCUAAGGAACAUUUCUAGCCCUUGUCAUAAAAAAAAGGAGCCCUACUUACAAAAUGGCGGCCAUUUUGAUUAACAGACCAGCCAAAAUCUCAGAUUUUGCCUUUCAACAUAGGACUUGCACGAAAUUUUUUACAUCUUACAAAGGUAGAUCGAAAGAACAGGCAAACAUUCAUCAUCUGUCACAAUUUCAAGCGCUAAAGUGAUUUUUUCGAUUUUUGGUGAAUUUUCGAAAAUCUUUUGGCCAAAAAUGAGGGGAAAAAUCAAAAUUUUACCAAAUUGACCUAGAAAGCUGAAAUUUGGGAUAUACCCUAUUUUUGACCUUCCAAAUAGAUUGGAAACUGUUUCAAACAGUUUUGAGCAGUUCUGGAGCCUCCAGCAGAUUUUUAAAAAUCGAAAUUCCCACAAAAUUUCAUCAAAUGGAGUUGAAAAGCCUAAAAUUCGUCCUGCAAACAAAUUUCAAUACGCUACGAAGUCGACUGCAGGUGGAUUUCAUGUAGUUUUGGAGCCUCCAUCGACUUUUCGAAAAUUAUUGAAGCCUCCAGUAAAUUUUUGAAACUUGAAAUUUCCAAAUUUCAUCAAAAAUUGGGAUGGAAAGCCGAAAUGUACUCUGCACUCCAAUUUUAACACCCUCUAAAGACGACUUCAGGUGGGUUCAAGUCAUUUUGGAGCCCCCAGCGACUUUUUGAAAGGUUUUAUGGUAUUUUUAGGAAAAUUAAAAUUUCCAAAAAGUAGCUGGAAGCUUCAAAACCACCAUGCAGUCGAAUUCAUAUUGUAUUGAAAUUAAUUUGCAAAGUGAAUCUCGGCUUGCUAAACUCGAUUUGAUAACAUGUUGUGAAAAUUUCAAGUUUCAAAAAUCUGGCGGAGACUCCAGUUAUUUUCAAAAAUUCGCUAGAGGCUCCAAAAUGACUUGAACCCACCUGAAGUCGUCUUCAGAGGGUGUUAAAAUUGGAGUGCAGAGUAAAUUUUGGCUUUCCAUCCCCAUUUAUGAUGAAAUUUUGUAGGAAUUUCGAGUUUCAAAAAUCUGCUGAAGGCUCCAAAACUGCUCAAAACAGUUUGAAACAGUUUCCAAUCGAUUUGGCAGGUCUAAAAUAGGGUAUAUCCCAAAUUUCAGCUUUCUAUGUAGGUCAAUUUGGUAGAAUUUUGAUUUUUCCCACAUUUUUGGCCAAAAUUUAAUUUUUGAAAAAUCACCAAAAAGCGAAAAAGGCACUUUGGCAUUCGAAACCGUGACAGAUGAUGAAUUUUUGUCUGUUCCAAAUUUCAGGUUUCUAGGUCACUUUGCUGAGAAUGCUGAAAUUUUUAUUAGUCUAUUUUUAAUUUUGCCCCUUUGAAUUUUCAAAAAUUCUCCAAAAAUGUACAAAUCAAUUUCAGCAUUUGAAAUUUUGCCUGGUGGUAUAUUUUAUGAUCUUCUAUUGAUUCCUCUCUGUCCGGUUCAAAAUUUUUUGUGUCAAUUGGGAUGUAAUUUAAAUCAGGCUAAAAAGAGCAGGAAACAUACAGUACUUAAGUAAAGGGGGAAGAGUUUUCGAAAUUUCACAAAAUCUCUCAUUUUAUUCAUUUUUCAGUGUUUCUUGGUUUGGAGCGCAAAAAAUGGUUCAAAAUCAAAGACAUAAGGUCUGAAAAUUUUUAAUGUUCUGUAGCUCCUGAAAUGCUGGAUAAAAGCAAUUUUUGUUUGGGAAAAAUUUGGCAAUUUUUUUUCAUGUUUUAUUAGCAACCAGAUAACAUUCUGAAGCUCAUAUUGUUGUUUACAUGUAACUUCACGUGGUUGCAAUUUUCCAUUAAAUAGGGCUCAAUAUCUAGCUUUCAAGUAGGUCCUUACCUACGUUUUAUUCCAGCACAAUUUAAACGGUCACCUACAAAUGGUCAUUUUUCUAGUUUAGCUACUUUUACACGUGAUAUUAUACGCAACUAUAUCAUUUUCUCACCACCUUUAUAUAAUAUGAAUAAUUCAUCAAAACACAUAGCAACCUUUUCACAACCAUACGAAAUUUUGUUGUCAAUCUUAAAAACCACCCCCACAAAAAAAAACACCCUAGAUAGGUAUAUUUACCACGUAUGCAACCUCUUCGACAAUUGCGUACGUUUACGAAUCGAUCACAAACGUGAUCCAAUACCCAAAUUUUUGAAGGAAAAAAAAUCUCGGAAACUUUUUCCACAUCAUCAUCAUAUCAACAAAUGUCAAAAGCGAAGGAAAAAAAUGCGCUGAAAUUUUCACCUCGCGCCUUUUAGUACCGAUAAAGGAAACUAUACAACUUAAUAUGACUGUCAAUUCAAAUCAAUUCGAGGUCGUUGAACACAGUUUCGUUUUGCAAACCUACGCUAAUCAAUACCAGCUGAUGAAAUUUUCGCCGCAAAAUGUCAAAUUAUAAUAUUUUUUUAGCAUAUAAAUAUAAACCUAGCUAGCUCACGAGCUGGUGAAUUUAUACAUACAUACGUGUAAGUGUAUUUUGGCUUGCUAUACUAUAGCAAUCAGCAUCGGCAGUCGAAAUACUCGUAGAGGCAAUAGUGACGCAGGACCCAGCUUCACACGCGUAGCAUUCUUAAUACUAUAUAUAUGUACAUACUACACUUACUAUACAUCGAACAAAUAAACACUUUUUUUGAAAAAUGUUA